AUGGGAAGCCACAACACGGGUUCAUCAAUGAAAUUGCGAAGAAGUACGAUUUGCAUAGGAGGACAAUCGGAAGGAUAUGGAGACAGAUUCGGGAUCAAAAAAAAUGAAGUUCCAAUUAAUGUCAACAAUAAGAAGACAGGGACCAAAGGAAGGGCAUCAAUCCCCUUUGAUGAAAACAAAUUCAAAUCAAUUGAAAAAGUGAAGAAGACAACUUUAAGAUCACUGUCAAGGGCCAUGGGAGUUAGCCACACCACAGUAUGCAGAUGGAAAAAAAAAGAUGAGCAAACAAGCAACUUCACAUUUAAUGAAAUGUCAAAUGCAGUCCACAUUGAUGAAAAAUUGUUUUAUAUUACAAGGACACAACAAACAUUUUAUCUAACUCAAGAUGAAAUAGAGCCACAUAGAGAAAUCCAAUCUAAAAGAUUUAUCCCCAAGAUCAUGUUUAUGUGUGCCGUUGCAAGACCAAUCUUUUCUAGUGAAGGUGAGAUGAUUUUUGAUGGAAAGAUAGGCAUUUUUCCUUUCACACAUGAAGUGGCAGCACAAAGGAGUUCAAAAUACAGUAAGAGAGGAGAGCCAGAGACCAAACCAAUACAAUCAAUCACUAAAGAUCACACAAGAGACAUGAUUGUGCACAAGAUACUACCAGCAAUUAGAAUUAAAUGGCCACCACAUUUAAGCAAAACAAUUUUCAUUCAACAGGACAAUGCUAAACCACACAUUUUAGAUGAUGAUGAGGUGUUUAGAGAGGUGGCAACACUUGAUGGAUUUAACUUCCACUUAGUGCAACAACCUCCUAACUCACCGGAUAUGAAUGUGCUUGACUUAGGGUUCUUUAGGUCAAUACAAUCUUUAUAG